GUCCGGCCGGGGCGGCGGCGCCGGAGCCCUGGGGCGGCGCGGGGGCUCCGGCUCGGCCGCUCCGCGCCCUGCGCUGCGCUGCGGUGGGCCCGGGUCGGGCAGUGCGGCCGAGCCCGCCCGGGUCGGGCCGGGCGCCGGGGGACCCCUGGUCAGCGGCGAGCUGGGGUUCGCCUCGGGCUCAUCGGGGGUUUUCCUUCGCUCCGUUUCCUCGGGAGGGCUCGGGCAGGCCGGGAAGGAGGGCGGGAACGUGCCCGCGGUCCGGGCAGGCGGAGGAAGAUCCGUCUCCGAGCAGGCACGUGCUGCUGCGGCGUUGCCCGAAAUGCUCCCGGGCUGGAAACCCUCCGAGCUGGCCCUGACCCACCCGGCUGGCAUCUGCUCGAGGGCAGGAAGGCUCUGCAGAGGGACCUGGACAGGCUGGAUCGACGGGCCGAGGCCAACUGGACGAGGUUUAACAAGGGCAAGUGCCGGGUCCUGCCCUUGGGUCACACCAGCCCCAGGCAAGGCUCCAGGCUUGGGGCAGAGCGGCUGGAACGUGCCCGGCGGAGAAGGCCCUGGGGGUCAUGCCGUGAAAGGGCGCACUAAGAAAACCUGAUGCCCUGAGCACGUUACUUCUGGAGAAACGCUUGGCCUCUGCAGCUCUGUGUGGGACACUGAAAGGCAGUUGUGGACGCAGUCUGUUGGAGUCUUUGAGGGCAAGCAGUGUUUCCUGGGGCAGACAGCAGUGGAUCUCGUGGGAUGGCUGCACCGAACGGAGAUGGACGAAGUUCUGGCAUUCCUCAAACCCUGACAGCGCGAAUGUGGUGGAAUAAGUGCCGGCGCAGGUCCUGAUCCUCGUCUUCUGUCGACCCUCAGCACGUCCAGCGUCCCGUUUUCGGAAGAAAGUGUGUUGGAUUUCAAACCCUUGGGCAGGACAGGAGGAGGCGGCCUUCUCGGGUCAGUGAUGAGUGUUGGCAUGUAUUAUCUGAUCUAAAGGUGAUGUCUGUCACCACUUUAGCUCUAGAAUUACUCUGAGACCUGGGAAACUCCAGUUUCCUUAGACUGUGACCGUGGCGCUUUUUCAACCUGGAGUCAAAUGCCUGUCACGUUCUAAGGCAGCGUAAGGAGAAGGGGGCGCAAUCUGAGCUUCCUUCCGUUUACGCGCUAGGGAGGUGACAUGAGCUAGGAGUAAAAACAUAAAGCCAGCUGGGGCCCAAGACCAGCGCUGUUGUGUUCAUAUGACAUUGUGUCCCUGGAGCGUACUGGCUCACGUCAGUGCUACCUCAGAAAUCUUUGUAUUCGCUACUCAGACCUCGAUUUUUCCUCACUGUGCAGUUUGCGUCUAAUCGUAGAAUGCCCUGAGCUGGAAGAGACCCACAAGGACCGUCAAGUCCAGCUCCCGUCCCUGCACAGGACAAGCCCAAAUUCGCACCGUGCCUCUGAGGGCGUUGUCCAAGUGCUGCUUGAAUAUCGCCAGGCUUGGUGCCGUGACGGCCUCCCUGGGGAGCCUGUUCCAGGGCUCCACCACCCUCUGGGGGAAGAACCAGUUCUUCUCCUUAACUAUACACUUUAUUGCCCAGUUCUCUGCGGCUUCUGAGGUGGGAUGUUUGCUUUGAUCAGUCUCUCAGCUCUCCUCAAGGAAAUAGUGGUAAAACAAGUGCUUCUCUAUCUCUCAGUUCCCGACUCUGGCCAUCAAAUUCUGUUUUGCCGAGCUCACGUAGUUCGUUCUUGUGGCUCAGCGGAGAAUUCCAAAACGACCAUUUUCUUCAGGAUAUCACUGCAUUGAUGUUAAGGAGUUUUGUUCCUGAUUUCGGUGACACUGCGGCAGCCGGGCAGAUGGCAGGCCCGGGUUGCGGGUCGAGCAACAAGCCUUGGGCCAGCUCUUCGGGGCUCCCAGGCUUCGGAGCUCCUCCCUUACUGUCCCGGUAGUGGGGCCGGAGGGGCGGAGGGAACAAUUUGGCCUAGCACCUUCCCGGCACCCAGGCUGUUGCCGAGUUUCUGUCGAACGGGUGUCGAGAGCCUGUGUGACUGGCCUGUCGGAAACCCCGUUCCUCCGCCCUUGCUGUCAUGGACAUGGCGUCCUGGGGUAUAGCGCCUUCUCCAUCAAGGACGUCCCAGGCGGCCACGUUCUCUGUUGACUCGGAAAGCCCGUCUGGAGCAUUCCAGGGACAGGCACCGCUCCCACGGGAGCCCCCUUCCAGAGCUGGAUGAGGGAAGCCCGUCCCUACCCAGAGGAUCACGGCCAAAUGCUGCCCUGACCCGAACCCGUGCGUGGAGGUGGAGCUGGUGAUGGUCCCUUCCACCUCGGCUCCCUGCUCUGCCACGCAAGGGCCUGCCAAGUGUCGCAACAAGGCCACAGGAAUUGCAAGGGCGGUCCUCAGCCUGGCUUGGCAUCUGGCAGGUGCCCUUGUCUCCCUGUGGAGACACCUGCUGAGCACACGCGUCUUUGCCAGGCAAAAGAUGGGCCCGCAGAGCAAGAGGUUCUUGAAAGUCGUCUUCCUGUGGCUCCCAGUGGCUCUGGCUGGUGCUUACUGCGCGACCUCGCUGCCGGUGUGGACAACGCAGGCAAAGGGACUGAUAGAGGAGCUGACACGCGUGUCGUCGGCAAACCUGAAGAUGCUGUGGUAAGAGAGGUUUCCUGAGCUGGAACUGGUUCUGUGCAGAAGCGUCAGCCGACCUCGUGCUACCUGCGCUCACUUUCCUAACAGCCAGGGCUCCCGUACUUCCCUCCUGCCUUUGCCUUUUGCUCAGCCUGGUGCGGAAGGGAAGCACUGGCAAAGCAGGGGAAGCACACGUGUCUGUCUCUCCUCUUGCUGAGCUCAGACGCUCCCCAGAGGCGAUGGGCCGCUCUCUGACCGGAUCGGCUUUCCUGUCGUGCAGGAACUUGCCUGUUUUGGUGGCGGAGGAAACCCAAAAGACACGCUCUCUGCUGGAGGAGGUGGCUCAGCUGAGGGCACAGAUCCGCAGUUUGAAGGAAGCUCAGGAAGUGAACCAGGCAGCGUCCAAGAAGGCUUUGGGUGCCUACAUCGAGAUGUCUGACUGGGCCCUGGAAAGCUCUGGUGCCACCAUUGACACGCAGAGAACUUCCGAGACCUACGACUGCCAGGAGAAUUGGGGCUGCAGGGUUUUAUGGUUCUUCCGCGCUGCCAAGCCUCCUGAGACUAUUUUGCAGGCGGAUGUUUCCCCAGGAAACUGCUGGCCUUUCCAAGGGCAUCAGGGCCAGGUGGUCAUCAGGUUGCCAGCACGAGUCCAUCUGACUGCCAUCACUGUGCAGCACAUCUCCAAAGACGUGUCUCCAUCUGGGACUGUCCUCAGCGCCCCCAGAGACGUCGCUGUCUUUGGAGUGGAUGCGGACGGAGAAGAGGAAACUCUCCUUGGGACGUUCACGUACGACGUGGCAAAAGAGUCUAUUCAGACCUUCCCUCUGAAGAACGCGCCGCUUCCCAGAGCCUUUCCGUCUGUCAAACUUCUUGUGAAGAGCAACUGGGGAAACCCAGCGUACACCUGCAUUUAUCGAGUGCAGGUUCAUGGGAAGAUGGCGCAACCAGAGAGCCCCAGGUGAAACCAGAGAGAAAAAAAAGUCCAACAUGAGAAAGAAGAAGAAGGGGAGGAAGAACAAAUAAAUCUAGAAGAUGUGGCAAUUGA